AUGGCUACUCCAGGAGGCGCAGGCGUCACGACGGACACAGCCCGGCCAUCGACGUCGGGAAAUGCAAACGCAAAGAAGUGCGUGGGGUGUUUAGAGGAUUUCUUCGAUAGGCUCGAAACAACUGUUAAAAAACGUCAGCGUAUCAAGCUUGGAGGGGCGCAGUCUAUCGACUGGACGAAACUAUCCACUGCUCUCGGUGCAGCAACUAACAAGCCGAAGCCCCCAAUCCUGCCCAGCAGCAGAACAUGGCGCACAGACCUGGCGGUGGAGAUGAAGCCCGAAAUCAAGCAACAACUGCGCGAGGUGUUCAUCCGGUACUGUGGCUGGGGCGACAAGCAGAACUUUAUGUUUAUCAGCCGCGCACAGUUCAUUCGCUUCGUGCGUGAUAUGGGCAUGUGCAACGAUGAAAUCGAUGCGCUGGGGCUUUCGGGCCUUUUUGACAAGAUCCUUCUGGGCUCUUUGGAUCCGGGGGCAGCCUCUCGCCUGGCGCUAUCUGACUUCCUGCUGGCGGUGACGGGGCUGGGCACUAAGCUGUGUCCGGCAGUCACCGUGCAGGAGUCGUUCGAUUCUGUGGUAUCGAAGUACAUCCUUCCCCGCCUCAAUCAGCCACUGCCGGAUCCUGAACCGAUUGAUUUGGCGCUCCUGCACAUGGACAUCGUGACGACCCUGGAGAGGUUGCGGCCUAAGCUGACCGUCCUAUGGGACACCUACCUACAACAGCAGCAGCAGUCUAGCUCAUCGCAUGAAACGCCCCCCACCUCACAGUCUGGUUCGCUUCAAUCAGUUCAGCCCACCGAGCUCAACCUCAGCGCGUUUCUGCGUUUCGCAUCCGACUUCGAGAUCACCACCAUCAUGCUAAGCCGGCUGCAGCUGAUUCACGCCUUCAAGCGCUCCAAGUUCGGAGUGGCCGCAGACCCAAUUGACUCAAACGUACACACCAAGAUUCGGCUGAACUUUCAAGAAUUCUCGGAUUGCAUUGCACGGUGCGCGAUGCUGGCCUUCGACUACAAGCCGCCGCCGAUGCUGGUGCCGACGAUGGACUUCAAGGACAGCUACCGCACAGCCGCCAAGCAAAUGUGGUUGCGCCAGGCAUCCGCGACGGGCAGCCGGCUAGGCGGUGAUGACGACGAAUCCGAGGUGGAGAUGCCGGCGGCUGUCCCAUACACGAUUGGAACGGAAGAGCGCCAACAGUACGAUGAGACUCUGAGCCACGCGCCCAGUAUGCGGAUCAGCCACAGCGCCGGUGCGGUGGGGACCUCAUGCGGCCGGGAUCGACUUAUUUCCCGGGCCGUCAGCAUAGCUCAGGGUCGCACUCCCACGCAAGGGACCGACAACCUGGAGAUGAUGCUGGUACAUGCUGAGCCCAGCACCAUGCCAACUGACCAGAACAAGCCGCUGCACUUGCAGCAAUUCAGCUGCGACUGGGUGGGUCGCGUGGGGCUAACGCUUAGUGAGACCGGCAAACUGCGCCAGCGCGCGCAUGACCCCUGGGUCGUUGCAGGGCUAUAUCACACGCGGGUUGACCCUAUCUUUGAGCAGCGUGCAGCGGAAAUGCUGGCAGCCCGCGUGGUGCGUGAGCAACACCUGGAGGCGCUGCACCUUCACUACCAGGCCGAACGACGGCAGCAGCAGCGGGAGGCCACACGGCAGGUGGCCGCGCAGAGGCAGGAACUGGAACUGCAAUCGGGGCAAACACUGGCGCGAGUGAUGGGGUCAUCAGGGGCAUCGCCAUCAUCUGGCUCAGCAGGGCCACGGAAGCGACCAAUGGUACGAGCCGGGUCAGCGCCUCACGCUCGUGGUGGUGUUGACGGUGCUGAGGAGGUUGGGUUAAGUCGAGUGGUGGGCCUGGAGGAGGUGCUGGGCCGAACGGGCGGUCGAACUGGGGCCCCUGCCAUGAAUGGGCCAGGGGCCACAGUUGGCGGGCGGCCCAAGACGCUGCUGGAGGAGCUAAUGGCGACUCUGGAUGUGGAUUCGAAGCUGCCACACGCCAGUAUUGCGGGACACGGUCAAAUUCGCUUCGGAUAGUGUUGGAAAGGAUGGUGCGACGGGACGAUCUCCGUUUGCUUCAUAAGGACAUCAUGAACGUGUAACAAAGUGUUGCGGUUGUUGUACUUUUAAGGUUACAAAUGGGCUAGCUAUGCGACCAGCAUCCGCAUGUACGGAAGGCCGGACCUAGACGUGCAUUACAUGCACUGUAUAACAAUACCAGUUCGAAACUUGUUUCACGGCAGAUCAAAGAGAUAUUUCGAGGUGACAGCGUGCUGGGCGGCAUACAUCCUGCAUAUACAAGAACAACUAUUAACCUACACAAGACACGCUCCGUCCUUGCUACGAAUGGCGUGUCUAGAGCCAAACUAUCACGCACAUAGUGGCGGAGCCCUGCCAGCCGCGCAGGCUACAAUCGCCCAAUGCACGACGCCAUUCCAUCUCGUGUAACCUAUUUCGUCAUGUCAAAAGGGAUCACCGACCUCAAAACCAUCCCAUGCUUCCAUAGGCAUGCUACGAUAAACCCAACCCGCAGCACCGUUGAAGCUAUGUCUCCUCCUCUUCAUGCCGCCCAGAGCGUGCCUUCCGCGUAGGUCUCCGCUGCUCCAAGGACGGAUGGUUCCGUUGCUCCCUGGCAGCUGAACCCCUCAGCUGCCCCGCCGCAUGAUCCGAAGGCUUACCCCCAUGUUUUCCCGUUGCUGCCUCCUCAAGAGCCGCAGCCGCCUUUGUUGCUGCGUUGUUGGCUUCUUCUGCUGCUGGCUGGUGUCGAGCGUCGCCCUUUUCUUCUUGCCUUGCAGGCUGAACUUCCGCCAAACGCAUGCCGUGGCCCCCAGUGUGUUUACGUUCCGUGCCAUUGUUAGCCAUAGACAUCUGCAGUAGCUGC